UAUAAGUUUCAACAGAGUUAAUUUAGUCAUCAUCAACAAAGCCAACUAGUCACUGGAAUGAUCAACGAAGGUAUUGCUUCAGAACGAUUCGGACCUCGAGCUCAAGGGCAGACCGAACCCAAUAGUGCUAAUUAUCUAGGGACAGAACACCAAAUAUAUUAUAAGUACAAGAGAAGAAGAUUUGGUAGCUCUAAGAUGCAAGAAUCAUCUCCUCCGGGCUUAAGAAGAUGGGAAGAUUUAGAUAUUAAUAUACUCAAGAAUAUAUUUAGAAGCAUAGACAUCCAAGAGUUGGCUCUUUGUGUCUCUCCAGUGUGCUAUUCGUGGAGAUUAGCUUGUUGGGAUGUCUUGUUUUGGGGAAAAAAUUUGCUUGAUUUCAGUCUUAUCAAGGCUUCUGCAAUUCCAGAAUAUGUUGGUGUGGAGGAGGGAUUAAUCUCUGAGAAUAUUGAGCUCAAAGAUGAGAAUUUAAGGGAGCCUUUGCAGAUGAUAUUGAAUGGUAAGGAUGCAUACGGAUUUCCUUUGGAGAAUUGGAGAUUGUCUAUCGAGAGUAUCAUAAUUCCUGAAGAUGUUGCCAUUUCAGAUGAAACUCUUCUUCAUCUCGCGAAUAGAACACCUAAUCUUGAAAGCUUAGCUCUAUUCAGCUCAUCAAGGAUAACAGUAGGAGGCUUCAUAAAAGCAAUACAGAGCUGGAAAAAUGUUAAACAUAUGAAUUUUGGAGAAUCCCGAGGCAUUAACGAUGGUGCAUUUUUUACUGAAAUUGUAAAAGAGAUGGGGAAAAAUUGCCCUGAUCUUAAAACACUAUUUUUAUCAUACUCUGUUGUGGGCAUGGAAUUAAAGGCAAGUAAUGCACAAGCUAUGAUUAAAAACAUGCCCAAAUUGAAGGUACUAAAGUUUGAUUAUGCUGAUUUGUAUAGAGAGGGUAUUGGUAUUCUCUUUUUCAACUACCUUCAGUUGGAAGCAGUCCAUUUUUAUGAAUGUUGCUUGAUGGAGGAGACCGCAUCGGAGAUACCUGGUAUGAGUUUCACCAUAAGAUUUAUACAAUUAGAGGAGAAGAAAUGGGUUAUUGAACUUGGUGGAGAGGAAGAUGGAAGUGAUUUAGAGCCUGAAGUAAGCAGUCAAUUUAAUUUGUGGAUGCGAGGACCAUUGACAAUAUUUGAUGAUGAUGGUUAUAUCUAUAUUGACUAUGGAACAAGCAAAUGUACUAUGGCUAGACAUCAUAGAUGAUUCUAUGUAAAUAUGGAUAUGGAU